AUGUCUAAUAGAGUUGCACCAGCUACGACCACUGAAGCAGCCCAGCAGCAGCAGCAGCCAGAAGACGACGAGCAACCUCCACCACCUUACUCUGCUGCGAUAUCAGAAUCGACCUCAUCUCACUUAGCCUUAUUAAACACCUAUGUUACAUCAAAACUCUGCUAUCAUCCAGCUCCCCUCGCUAAUGCACGAGUUAUCAAAGUAACAGCUGAUCGGGUUGCCUAUCAACUUGAUCUGUGGACAUUGAUGGAACAACGUCGUUUUAAAAAAUGUGAAAAACCAUAUAAUAAUGAAGCGUAUCCAGCUGAGCUGCUCAAAGGCCUGUUUGAGUAUCCACUUGAACAACCAGCAACUAUUUUGACAAAGAAGUAUAAACAGCGCUGGAAUCUUGAACAGACACAGUAUAAAACACAUUGUCCAAACUGUGGUGGUGCCGGAAUUGUUACUUGUUCAUCAUGUGGUGGAAGAAGAAUGAAAGACUGUUAUGCCUGCACUGCUUUCUUGGAAAGUUUUGAACUACCAUCUUGUAGUGCGGUCAGUUCUAUACCAGACAGGCUAUUUUUCAGCUUUCAAAAAGAAGCGCAAGAUCAGGAAGCAAUAGUGGCGUAA